CCGCGGCGCCGCUCGGCGCGUGUCGGGCUAUCUUCGCUUGCGAGUACGUGUUUCGCAGGUUGCCCCUCCGCCUGGCUUCAGCCACUACCGAAGGGGGUCGAGCGGCCCGGCGGCCCGGAGACCCAGUGCGCGUCGCGAGAGCUCAGAAGGAGCGGUCAGGGAGAGGCCCGUGCGCAGCCUUGGGCGAACGCACCGCUGUUUGGGGGUCCUCAGAGCGCGGCGUAGGAGUCGCUUCAUCAUGAGAAAUCUAAAGUUAUUUCGGAGCUUGGAGUUCAGGGAUAUUCAGGCUCCAGGGAAACCUCAGUGCUUCUCUCUCCGAACUGAACAGGACACAGUGCUCAUUGGCUCAGCACAUGGACUGAUAGAAGUAGACCCUGUCACAAGAGAGGUGAAAAAUGAAAUUCCUCUGGUGACAGAAGGCUUUCUCCCAGAGGAUGGAAGUGGCUGCAUUGUUGGUAUUCAGGAGUUGCUGGAUCACGAGUCUGUGUGUGUGGCCACAGCUUCUGGAGAUGUCCUACUUUGCAAUCUCAACACACACCAGCUGGAAUGUGUCGGGAGUGUAGCCAGUGGUAUCUCUGUCAUGAGUUGGAGUCCUGACCAAGAGCUGGUGCUUCUUGCCACAGGUCAACAGACCCUAAUUAUGAUGACAAAAGAGUUUGAACCCAUCACGGAGCAGCAAAUCCACCAGGAUGACUUUGGUGAAAGCAAGUUCAUCACUGUUGGCUGGGGCAGGAAGGAGACGCAGUUCCAUGGAUCAGAAGGCAGGCAAGCCGCCUUUCAGAUGCAAAUGCACGAGUCUGCUUUGCCCUGGGAUGACCAUAGACCACAAGUUACCUGGCGUGGUGAUGGACAGUUUUUUGCUGUGAGUGUUGUUUGCCCAGAGACAGGGGCUCGAAAGGUCAGAGUGUGGAGCCGGGAGUUUGCUUUACAGUCAACCAGUGAGCCUGUGGCAGGACUGGGACCUGCUCUGGCUUGGAAGCCCUCAGGCAGUUUGAUUGCAUCUACGCAAGAUAAACCCAAUCAGCAGGAUGUUGUGUUUUUUGAGAAAAAUGGACUUCUCCAUGGACAUUUUACACUUCCUUUCCUCAAAGAUGAGGUUAAGGUUAAUGACCUUCUCUGGAAUGCAGAUUCCACUGUGCUUGCAGUUUGGCUGGAAGACCUUCAGAGGGAAGAAAAUUCCACUCUAAAAACCUAUGUUCAGCUCUGGACUGUUGGAAACUAUCACUGGUAUCUCAAGCAAAGCCUGCCCUUCGGCACCUGUGGGAAGAGCAAGAUUGUGUCUCUGAUGUGGGACCCGGUGACCCCAUACCGGCUGCAUGUUCUCUGUCAAGGCUGGCAUUACCUCUGCUAUGACUGGCACUGGACGACUGACCGGAGCUCAGGAGAGAAUUUAAGUGACAUGGCAAAUGUAGCUGUUGUUGAUGGAAACAGGGUAUUGGUGACAGUCUUCCGGCAGAGUGUGGUUCCACCUCCCAUGUGCACCUACCGACUGCUGCUCCCACACCCUGUAAAUCAAAUCAUGUUCUCGGCACACCCUAAAAAGAGCAAUGACCUCGCUGUCCUAGAUGCCAGUAACCAGAUUUCUGUUUAUAAAUGUGGUGAUAGCCCAAGCGUAGAUUCUACGGUGAAGCUGGGAGCCGUGGGUGGAAAUGGAUUUAACAUUUCUCUUAGAACACCUCAUCUGGACAAGAGAUACACAAUUCAGUUUGAGAACAGUGAAGAUGAAGUAAACCCACUGAAGCUCAGCCUUCUCGCCUGGGUUCAGGAAGACGUUUUCCUGGCUGUGAGCCACAGUCAGUCCAGCCCACGGUCUGUCCUUCACCAUCUGACUGUGGCCCCUUCUGAGACGGACGACGAGCAGGGGCAGCUCAAUAUCAGUUCAUCUGUGACAGUGGAUGGGGUCAUAAUCAGUCUGUGUUGCAACUCCAAGACCAAGUCAGUAGCACUGCAGGUGGCUGGUGGUCAGAUACUUAAGUAUCUUUGGGAAUCACCCUCUCUGGCUGUUGAACCAUGGAAGAACCCUGAUGGAUUUCCUGUUCGAUUUCCUUAUCCAUGCACACAGACCGAACUGGCCAUGGUUGGAGGAGAGGAAUGUGUCCUUGGUCUGACUGAUAGAUGUCGCUUUUUCAUCAAUGACACUGAGGUUGCUUCAAAUAUCACAUCAUUUGCAGUAUAUGAUGAGUUUUUAUUGUUGACGACUCAUUCCCAUACUUGCCAGUGCUUUUGCCUGAGAGACGCGUCAUUGAAAACAUUACAUUCAGGUCUGAGCAGCAGCCAUGUGUCUAAUGGGGAAUCUCUGCGGAAGGUGGAGAGGGGUUCACGCAUUGUCACUGCUGUGCCCCAGGACACAAAGCUUAUAUUACAGAUGCCAAGGGGAAACUUAGAAGUUGUUCAUCAUAGAGCCCUGGUUUUAGCUCAAAUUCGGAAGUGGUUGGACAAACUAAUGUUUAAAGAAGCAUUUGAAAGCAUGAGAAAACUGAGAAUUAAUCUCAAUCUGAUUCAUGAUCAUAACCCUAAGGUGUUUCUUGAAAAUGUGGAAACCUUCAUAAGACAGAUAGAUUCUGUAAAUCAUAUUAAUUUGUUUUUCACAGAAUUGAAGGAAGAAGAUGUUACAAAAACCAUGUACCCUCCACCAGUUACCAGCACUGUCCAGCUGUCCAGCGAUCCUGAUGGGAAAAAAGUAGACCUUAUCUGCGAUGCUAUGAGAGCAGCCAUGGAGAACAUAAAUCCUCACAAGUACUGCCUAUCAAUACUCACCUCUCAUGUGAAAAAAACAACCCCAGAACUGGAAAUUGUGCUGCAGAAGGUACACGAGCUUCAAGGAAGUGCUGCACCUGUUCCUGAUGCUGUGAGUGCUGAAGAGGCCCUGAAGUAUUUGCUGCUUCUUGUAGAUGUUAAUGAGUUAUAUGAUCAUUCUCUUGGGACCUAUGACUUUGAUUUGGUCCUCAUGGUAGCUGAGAAGUCACAGAAGGAUCCCAAAGAAUACCUUCCAUUUCUAAACACACUUAAGAAAAUGGAAACGAAUUAUCAGCGGUUCACUAUAGACAAAUAUUUGAAACGGUAUGAAAAAGCCAUUGGCCACCUCAGCAGAUGUGGACCGGAGUACUUCCCAGAAUGCUUAAACUUAAUAAAAGAUAAAAACUUGUAUAACGAAGCUCUGAAGUUAUAUCCACCAAACUCGCAGCAGUACAAGGACAUCAGCAUUGCUUACGGGGAACACCUGCUGCAGGAGCACCUCUGUGAGCCAGCAGGGCUCGUGUUUGCCCGCUGUGGUGCCCACGAGAAAGCUCUCAAUGCCUUUCUGGCUUGUGGCAGUUGGCAGCAAGCUCUCUGUGUGGCAGCCCAGCUUCACUUGACCAAAGACCAGCUGGCUGGCCUGGGCAGAACUCUGGCAGGAAAGCUAGCUGAGCAGAGGAAGCACGGCGACGCAGCCACAGUUUUGGAACAGUACGCCCAGGAUUAUGAAGAAGCUGUGCUCUUGCUGUUAGAAGGAGCUGCCUGGGAAGAAGCUCUGAGACUGGUACACAAAUAUAACAGACCAGAUAUUAUAGAAACCAACGUAAAGCCUUCCAUUUUAGAAGCCCAGAAAAAUUAUAUGGCGUUUCUGGACUCUCAGACAGCCACAUUCAGUCGCCAUAAAGCACGUCUAUUGGUGGUGCGAGAGCUCAAGGAGCAAGCACAGCAGGUGCAUCUGGAUGAUGAGGCACCCCACGGUCAAGAGUCAGAUCUCUUCUCUGAAACUAGCAGUGUCAUGAGUGGCAGUGACAUGAGUGGCAAAUAUUCCCACAGUAACUCCAGAAUAUCAGCGAGAUCAUCUAAGAAUCGGCGCAAAGCGGAACGGAAGAAGCACAGCCUCAAGGAAGGGAGUCCACUGGAGGAUCUGGCCCUUUUGGAGGCAUUGAGUGAAGUGGUGCAGGGCACUGAAAAAUUGAAAGAUGAAAUAUACCAUAUUUUAAAGAUACUCUUUCUCUUUGAGUUUGACGAGCAAGGAAGGGAAUUACAGAAGGCCUUUGAAGAUACUCUGCAGCUAAUGGAAAGGUCAAUUCCAGAAAUUUGGACUCUCACCCCCCAGCAGAGUUCAGCUACACCUGUUCUAGGUCCCAAUUCUACUGCAAAUAGUAUCAUGGCCUCUUAUCAACAAGAAAAGACUUCAGUUCCUGUUCUUGAUGCUGAGCUUUUUAUACCACCAAAGAUCAACAGAAGAACCCAGUGGAAACUGAGCCUUCUAGAGUGACUCUGACCCCAGUUAGGAGGACUCUGGCAGAGAAGACUUUUCCUUCCACUCCUCACUCCUCGAGGCCUGGCUGUUGGGAACUGGGGAGAGUAAGACCAUCUACUUUAGCAUUACAGAGAGCUGCUCUGUACAGCAGACCUCAGCAGACACCAAUUCUUUUUUUUUUUUUUUAAAGUUUUAUUGAUUGCUUGAUUGCUUGAUUGCUAUGUUGGGUCUUCGUUUCUGUGCAAGGGCUUUCUCUAGUUGUGGCAAGCGGGGGCCACUCUUCAUCGCGGUGCGCGGGCCUCUCACUAUCGUGGCCUCUCUUGUUGCGGAGCACAGGCUCCAGACGCACAGGCUCAGUAGUUGUGGCUCACGGGUCUAGUUGCUCCGCGGCAUGUGGGAUCUUCCCAGACCAGGGUGCGAACCCGUGUCCCCUGCAUUAGCAGGCAGAUUCUCAACCACUGCGCCACCAGGGAAGCCCCCAAUUCUAUUUUAUUUUGCAUAUAAUCUUAAUCGUUAGCAAGGCUUUAAGCUUUAACCCAUAUAGCAUCAUUUUGUAAAAAUUACUGUUCUUCUAUUUAGUGCUGAUUGAGAGCAUAUUUCUGGUAUUUAUGGUAAUCAGGACAUUGGGUUUCAUUCCCAGUUACAGGUCUGAAUCAUAUUGGGACCUUAGACAACUCACAGAAUUGAUUUGUGCCUCAGUUAACUGGGAAUGUUUCGUGGCUGCUACCUCAAAAGUGUGAAGAAAAGUUAAAUAAUGUUUUCGAAUUGUUUUAUGUUCCUUGAGGAAAGCCUUAUGUAUAAACAACUAAUGGCUAUUAGUGCUCCCAACAAUAGGUCGAAUUUAAUCAUUUAAAUGACUUCACCUUGAACUAAAGCAAAAUGAAAAGUGAAAUCUAUCCUUUGAUAUUCUAAGCUUUCCUAUGCUGACAGCGCUUAUUUUGUAAUAUCUUGCCAGGUCAUGUGCUUCCAGGUAUAACUGGUUUGAGCCUCCUAUCACUACAGUGUCCAUACGGACUAUUUUUAUUGCCUGUGAAUGUUCUGCUAGAGUUAGCAGCGUUAGAGCUGGAACAGAUUAGAAUUUCUGAAACAGUGUUGCGUACAUUUGGGAUGGUGAGCAGUGUGCAUCAUAGGCAUGAACGGUAGUAAGUUACUCCUUUUUCUCCAAAUGUUGCUUCUUUUAACAUAAUGUUUUUGUCAGUAUCUAGGUCAUUUCAUUUAUUUUUCUUUAUGGUGCUUAACUGACCUCUGUCUUUUAGUUAUUUUCUUUGGAAGAAAUGAGAAUGUUAUCUCUUUUUGGUGAGUCUAGAAAAAAGCUCAGUUCAUUUUGACAGUAGUUUGUGGCUGACUCUUGGGUAAGGUUAAGAAUCUCUUUCAUGCUUUUAAUACCAGAACCAGACCUUUAUUACUCUACGUAAACUAACAGGAAGUCAGAGUAUAGGUAUACCCAGAAUUGUGUAACUAAAGAAGGCUUUUCCUAGUAUAGCAAAAUGUAAACCUUAGAAUCUUGGUGUGUUUACUGUAUAAUUCAACUUUUCUGUGUGUCUGAAAAUUUUCACAAAAUAAUAGAAAAAGUAGAAGAAGAAUAUCUAUAAUUAAGUGCCCAACGUUGAAAGGCUGCAAGUGCUUUGUGACUACUCUUUGGUGUGGAUUAAUGAACAUGGUACCUUACAUGUCAUUUUAAUAUAUUAUAGUGCUCUUGCUAUGGAUAAUAGUAAAGGGACCCAUGCUGAUGGGUGGGAAAUAGAAGUAAAUGUGUCUGUUGAUAUUGGUGUGACUUUGCAUGGAUGUUCACUUUCCUUGAAAUAAUAUAUUGAAGCAGCAAAAAAGAAUUUGUGUGAAUACAAAUUACUAUCAAUUACUCUCUCUCUCUCUGAGCAAGAUGCAAUUUUAUUCAUUUGGAGUAGAAGCAGGUGAGAGCAGACCUUCCAAAUUGAAGGCCAAGUCAAGGGUGAAUUCAUGGGGAAAAAUGCUGUGUAUGGGCAAAGGAGAAACUCCUGGGAGUUGUGAAUGCUUAAUUUGGGGGAAAGAUUCUGUCAAGUUCUAGAGAAGAGUAUAUAAUUCUUCCCCCAAAUUUGGCCUCUUCCCAAAGCAAAUUCAUGCAAGAAGCUAAAAGCCUCAGUUAUUUAGUUUUUUCCAUGGAAUCAGCUUUGUUCAGAUGCUCCAGACAUCAAGAGGAAACUUGCAGAGGACUUUCUCUGAUAAAUAAAAGCACAUUUUAAAUUUAGACUUUUUUUAAAAACAGAGGCAGGAGCUAAUGUUUUUAUUAUGUCUUUAUGAGUAUAGCUUGGUGUAAUUUCUUAGCAUUGCUGCGUAUUUUAAAAUAAAUUUACUUUCCAUAUGUAUCUACAUAU